GUGUGGUGCAGGUGUGUGACAGCAGCUUAUAAUUACCUGCACGUGUCGACGUUCUUCUGGAUGUUCUCUGAGGGUUGUUACCUUCACACGGCCGUCGUUCUCACCUACAGCACCGACUCACUCAGGAGCUGGAUGUUCACCUGCAUCGGCUGGGGUGUCCCUCUCCCCAUCAUCGUGGUUUGGGCUUUCGGGAAGCUUCACUAUGACAACGAAAAGUGCUGGUUUGGGAAGAAGGCGGGAGUUUAUACGGACUACAUCUACCAGGGACCCAUGAUCCUCGUCCUGCUGGUACCUUCAGUCCACCUUAAAAACAUCCAUCCUUAG